AGAGAGAGAGAGAGAGACAUCCUGCUGAAAACUUUCCCAUCACUCUGACUCCAGCUGCAGCCUCAGCCGGCUCCACAGCCUCUAUAACUAGAGCAGGACAGAACUACCACUGCAGACUGCAGAGCACAACUGUAGGAGAAGAGGACAGAACUACUAGGAGCGGUAGAGAGGAACGGGCUCACGGAGAAAUACAAAUUCAGCAGGAAGCAGCAACACCUGGAGCACAACUCCAAACAACCCUCUCACUGGAUCACUUUGAGCUUUGGCUUUUAUUUCCAAUUGAGACGAUUUGGAAACAAAGAGUUGAGAAAACUAAGUUGGACUGUAAGAGGCGUGUUGGAGAUCAGGAGGGAAGAGAAGGACAGUUUAGGACUUUGGAUCUCAGUCAUCUUGGGGUUUUUCCCCCGUCCUCUCUGUUUUAACAGACCAUAAACCACCUGGAUUGACCUUUAACCACUCUUGGGUUUCUUCAUUUUUUUUUUACCCCCUCCAGCCUGGAACCUUGGAGAGAGUUCUCUCUCUUCUGGGGGGGUCGGAGGACGAGACUGACCAGACGUACAGCGGGACAACAGACUUCGUCCAAGAUGUUGUGGUCGAGGAGAGUCGUCCAGCUGUGGUGCUUCGCUGUGUUCUUACUGUGUUCCCCUGUUCCUCACUACGGACGGCCAAUCGAUGGGCUCGCCAACAGGAUGAAGCGCUCGGUGACCCACGCCCAGCUGAUGCACGAUAAGGGCCGGACGCUGCAGGAUUUCAAGCGUCGCAUGUGGCUCCAAGAGCUGCUGGAGGAGGUCCAUACGGCUGAGAUCAGGGAGCUGCCCGCCCGCCCGGUGUUCAGCAGCGGACUGGGGCUGGGACUACCGGGUGCCGGGGUAGGGGUCAGCCUGGGAUUGGGCACCACUGGGGGUACCCUGCACCCCCACCCAAAACCUCCAGGGGGCACCAAAAACCUUCCCAUUAACUUCCAUAUGGAGGAGGAGGGAACCAACCUGCCGCAGGAGACCAACAAGUCCCAAACAUACAAAGACAAAGACGGGGCGCGGAGGGCCAAGGAAGGGAAGAAAAAGAAAGGGAGGAAUGGGAAGAGGAGGGAGGGGGAG